AUGACAUCCGAGUGUCGGUGGUUGGUUGGUCCGUCAUUUUUAAAAGGUCCUGAAUCGAGCUGGCCACAGACAAAUCUGCGGAAAGACAUAGAAGAGGAAGAUCCUGAAAUUCUAAUCCAAUCCAAUGUAGUGGUUGAAGUAAAAAGACCAGCUAUAUACGAACUAUUAGAAAGAUAUUCAUCAUGGAACGUGCUCAAGGCAAAGAUCGUGUGGCUAACCAGAUUUGCGUUUCUCUUGAGUCAUCGCCUUCAUCGCUCUCACAUAUGUCCUCUCGGAAAACCCACCAUUCCUGAGUUAGAAAAUACAGAGAACGACAUCAUGAGAAUGAUCCAGCAGCAAGUGUUUUCAGAAGAAUACAACGCCCUCAGCAAAUCGGGGAAAGUAAAGAUAUCAAGCAACAUCGCGAAGCUCAAUCCUUUUAUUGGUGAGAACAAUAUUAUUCGAGUGGGAAGCAGAUUAGAAUACGCUCAUAUAAGUUACAAUGCGAAGUUUCCACCAAUCCUACCAAAGCAACAUUGGGUAUCAGAGCUGUUAGCAAGACACGUCCAUUGUAGUAAUGCCCAUAUUGGUCAAGAGCAUACCUUGAAUAUAUUACGCCAAAGAGUUUGGAUCUGUAACGUUCGUUCUCUGGUUCGGAAGAUUAUCAAAGCUCCAGCAACAAAUGGCACCUUUACCACCAUGUCGGGUUAUGGCGUACGAACCACCGUUCACUUACGUGGGAAUUGACAUGUUCGGACCUUUGUUAAUAAGACAAGGUCGAUCUACGCCUAAAAGAUGGGGAUGCAUUUUUACGUGUAUGACCACUCGUGCAAUACACCUGGAAGUCGCACCGUCACUAGAAACUGACGAUUUCAUUAAUGUUUUGCGACAAUUUAUCGCCCGACGUGGAACCGAACUUCCGUGGGGCUGAUAAAGAGUUAAAAAGUGCAACGAAAGCUUGGAGUGAAGAUCGUCUUGAAGAUCAAUUAUCCCAGCGAGGAAUUGACUGGAUAUUUCACCCACCGAAUGCACCGCAAUUCUCUGGUGUGUGGGAAAGGCUAAUAAGGGAGACAAAACGUGCAUUGAAAGCAAUCUUAAAGGGGGCCUUGGUAACAGAACAUGUACUGCGAACAGUUUUCUGUGAGGUAGAGUCGAUACUUAAUUCACGUCCUCUAACGAGAUCAAGCGAGGAUGCAGCUGAUGCUACCGCCAUUACGCCUGCCCAUUUUUUGCUGCAGAGACCAGCAGUUGUUGUUCCCAUUGGAGAUUUUAACGAAGACUCGAUUAUUGGUAGAAGAAAGUGGAAGCAAGCUCAAAUCCUUUCAAACCACUUCUGGACUAGAUGGGUACGAGAAUACCUGACUACUUUGCAUUUACGUCAGAAAUGGUUAAAGCCUCAACGCGAUGUUCGUGUCGGAGAUUUGGUCUUGGUACAUGAAAAGAAGAUACCAAGAGGAUUGUGGCCUAUUGCGAUAGUAAGAAGAGUUUUUCCUGGACGAGACAAUCGUAUAAGAACUGUAGAGAUUAAAACAAAGGAUACUGUCUUAACCCGACCAAUUGUGAACAUUAGUCUCUUGGAACAGUGUGAUAAUUAA